AUGGCCGCCAUUCCCCCCAUCACCGGCAUGCUCCGCCGCACCCUGGUCCUUGACCUGAGCACCGCUUUCGGCUUCGGAACCACCUUCGGUUACCUCUGGUGGUACGGUUUCCACCUCCCCCGCGUCCGCGCCCGUGACAACUACUACACCCGUCUCGAGGCCGAGCGCGCCGCUGGCCUGGUCUAA